AUGUCCACAACAACGGAAAAACCGGCGGACGCUCCGCUGAGAGAGGCCCUCGAAAACGACGUCUGCUUCAUCCUCACCUCCGCCUUCCUCAUCUUCACCAUGCAAACCGGCUACGGGCUGCUCGAAUCAGGCACCGUUUCCCGGAAGAACGAGGUGAACAUUCUGCUGAAGAACGCCGUGAACAUCAUCUGCGGGACGUUGGCCUUUUGGUGCUACGGCUUCGCCUUCAGCUCACGGGAGGCAGACGUUGGGCGACUGAAGUUGACCGAGCUCGACUUGCAUCCCUCUCCAACACCGCCACCGUGGCGGUUGAAGAACUCCCUACAAGCUCAAAAGCAAAACAAAAACUUCAGCAGCUUUGGAGACUUUCUCCGGGUGCACGUCGUCUCGCCGGAGCGCUUCUUUGUGCACGUCACCGGAACGGAGUUGAUUGGAACGACCUACGCGGAGAUGAUGUUCCAGCUCGCCUAUGCCACUACUUGUACCGCAAUCAUCAGCGGGGCCAUGGCGGAGAGGUGUCGCUUUCUGAGUUACUUUGUCUUCAGCCUCUUUAGCAACAUUCUCUUUUGUUUGCCCGCCCGGUGGACGAUGUUCACCGGGUGGCUGAAUGAGGUGGGCGUCGUCGACGUCGGCGGCAGCGGCCACGUCCACCUGGUGGGUGGCUGUGCCGGCCUGGUGGCCGCCCUGCUGCUAGGCCCUCGGUUAGGGCGUUUCGAUGGGCAGUUCAAGCACGUACCGAUGGGCAACCCGACGAACGCCGUCCAUGGGAUCAUCUUCCUCUGGUGGGGCUGGCUGGGCUACAGCGCCGGCAGCACUUUUGGCAUCACCGGUGACCGGUGGAA